AUGGGGACUAAAAACAUAGAUUGUACAGGCUUCCCUGCAAGACCUGUUUCCCUACCUUUUGUUUCUUCCCAGGCUAUGCCAUCUUUUUCAUCUAUAGGAUUAGCUGCUGCAUCAGUGCCUCCUUCUUUCCGACCUACUCCUCCUGAAACCACCGUGCCAUUUUCAUUGUCUGGACCUGCAGUUCAACCUGGAGCACCUUGUUUUAGACCUGCACCACCAAGGUUAAAUUACCCAACCGAACCUCUUCCUUCCCCUACCCCAUCAUCCAAUGUCCCCACAAUGCCGGCUGUUGGUCCUUUCCAGCAUUUUCCAGCACCGUCCUAUUCCUCGACGGCUCAACCUCCUGCAAAUCAAGCACCUCCUUUACUCUCAUCUCUUCCACCUCAGCCGCAAAUUCCUAAUGUUCCAAUGGAAUCUCCACCUAUUGGUUCAAAUGUUCCCCCUCCUCAAUAUAACCCAUCUUUUCCUGGAUACGCCCGUAUUCAGCCUGGUGCUGAAAUGCAUGCUCCACCUAUGCAUUCCUCUAUUCCUGCUAAUCAAGGAAAUUAUGGAACUGCAGCAUCUUCUCCUUUUUUACCUCAUCAAGGAGGCUACACUCCAUCACUUCCAAUGGCUAAUCCACUAGGUAUCCAGCCUACGCAGCAGCCAGGAUCAAUACCCCUUACUGGUCCUAUUCAAGGCUUAACAGAAGACUUCAGGUCAAUCACAAUGCAAACUCGCCCUGGAACAAUGGAUCCAUUAUUUAAUGCUAAAGAACUUCCUAGGCCGUUGGAUGGUGAUGUGGAGCCGACAAAUUUGACUGAGAUGUAUCCCAUGAACUGCAAUCCCAGAUAUCUACGAUUCACAACCAGUGGAAUUCCUAACUCCCAGUCUUUAGCUUCAAGGUGGCAUCUGCCUCUUGGAGCAGUAAUAUGUCCGCUUGCUGAAUCACCUGAUGGGGAAGAGGUGCCUGUAAUUAAUUUUGCUCCAGCUAAUGUUGUGCGCUGUAGAAGAUGCCGCACAUAUGUGAAUCCUUAUAUGACAUUUACAGAUGUUGGAAGAAAGUUCAGGUGCAAUGCAUGCACCACACUUAAUGAUGUUCCUAGUGAAUAUUAUGCACAAUUAGAUGCCACUGGCCAAAGAGUUGAUUUGAAUCAACGACCUGAGCUUACAAAGGGUACUGUAGAAUUUGUUGCCCCUGCUGAGUAUAUGGUGCGGCCUCCUAUGCCCCCAUUAUAUUUCUUCCUCAUCGAUGUUUCCAUGUCUGCAGCUAGAAGUGGCAUGAUUGCGGUUGUAGCCCAAACAAUCAAGUCUUGCUUAGAUGAGCUGCCUGGCUUAUCACGAACACAAAUAGGGUUUGCAACUUUCGACAGCACUAUUCAUUUUUACAAUAUGAAGUCAUCCUUGACUCAGCCACAGAUGUUGGUUGUCUCUGAUCUGGAUGACAUGUUUAUUCCGCUGCCAGAUGAUCUUCUUGUUAACUUAUCUGAAUCAAGAAGUGUGGUGGAGAGCUUCCUAGAUAGCUUGCCAACUAUGUUCCAGGACAAUGUUAAUCUCGAAUCAGCUUUUGGUCCGGCUAUUAAGGCUGCUUUAAUGGUUAUGAGUAAAUUUGGAGGGAAAUUGUUAAUUUUUCAAAAUACACUACCAUCUCUUGGUAUUGGUCGCUUAAAAUUACGCGGAGAUGAUUCUCAUAUUUAUGGGACAGAUAAAGAACCUGGUUUGAGACUUCCCGAAGAACCGUUUUACAAGCAAAUGGCUGCUGAGUUGUCUAAAUGCCAAAUUUCAGCAAAUGUAUAUGCAUUCAGUGAUAAGUACACUGACAUAGCCUCCUUAGGAACUCUGGCAAAGUACACUGCUGGUCAUGUGUAUUACUAUCCAGCUUUCCAAUCAUCUAUUCAUGGGGAGAAAUUGAGACAUGAAUUAAGAAGAGACCUCACUAGAGAGACUGCAUGGGAAGCUGUAAUGCGUGUUAGAUGUGGAAAAGGUGUUCGUUUCACAACUUAUCAUGGAAACUUCAUGCUAAAGUCCACGGAUUUGUUGGCACUUCCAGCUGUAGAUUGUGAUAAAGCCUUUGCCAUGCAGUUAACACUUGAAGAGACAUUAUUGACAACUCAAACAGUUUACGUUCAAGUUGCAUUGCUUUACACUGCUUCUUGUGGAGAAAGGCGUAUAAGAGUACACACGAUGGCACUGCCGGUAGUUACAGAUUUGGCUGAUAUCUAUCGCAUGGCUGAUACUGGUGCAAUCGUAUCUCUGUUUAGUAGGUUAGCAAUUGAGAAAACAUUGUCCCAUAAACUGGAAGAUACACGGAGUGCGUUGCAACUGAGAAUUGUGAAAGCCCUGAAGGAGUAUCGAAAUAUUUAUGCUGUGCAUCAUCGCUCGACCAACAGAAUGAUAUAUCCUGAGUCUUUAAAUUUCCUAAUGUUGUAUGGAUUAGCUCUUUGUAGAUCAAUUGCUCUACGUGGAGGGUAUGGCGAUGUUCCACUGGAUGAACGAUGUGCAGCAGGACAUACAAUGAUGGCUCAUCCUAUAAAAAGAUUGUUGAAACUUCUCUAUCCUAGCUUGAUUCGACUUGAUGAAUAUCUUCUGGAGGCAUCCGUACAGGCUGAUGACUUCAAAAGUAUUGAGAAAAGGUUACCUUUGACUAGGGAGAGCUUAGACUCUAGAGGCCUUUAUAUAUAUGAUGAUGGCUUCAAGUUCAAUAUAUGGUUUGGUACAGUGAUUUCACCUGAUAUUGCAAAGAAUUUACUUGGGUCGGACUUUGCUGGAGAAUUAUCAAAGGCUACUCUCAAAGAGCAUAACAAUGAAAUGUCGAGGAGGCUGAUUAGGGUACUCGAAAAAUUAAGAAAUAGUGAUCAAGCAUAUUACCAGUUGUGCCACUUAGUGAGGCAAGGUGAACAGCCCAAAGAAGGAUUCCUCCUUCUCUCAAACCUUGUUGAAGACCAAAUGGGUGGCAAUGUCGGGUACGCUGAUUGGAUGCUACAGAUAUCCCGACUUGUGCAACACUGA